ACCACUCCACCAGCCAAGAUGCUCGAGAAAAUGUCCAGGCGUAACCGCUCCCUCCUGUCUCUGUCCCUCACCUCACUGGCUCUCAGCCUGUCCGUCUCGGCUUUCUGCACCUCCUAUUGGUGCGAGGGGACUCACAAGGUGGUCAAGCCCCUCUGUCUGUCACCGGUCAAGAUGAAGAACUGUGGGCAGAACAACAGCCAGCCGUACACCACAGAGACCCCCACCCCAGACCCUAAGGCCCCGCCAUCCAACGUGACCCUAUCCCCGCUGCAGAAGGAGGAGCUGGCUCGGAUCCGGAGGAAGCAGAUGGCCAACGCUGUGCAGUACAUCUGGGAGACGGGCGAGGACAAAUACAUGCUGCGCUACUUCCACACGGGCUUCUGGUUGUCCUGCGAGAAGCACAAUGAAGGGGAUGACCAGGAAGAGAAGUGUCGGAGCUUCAUCGAGCUGACGCCAGGAGAGACACAAGGUGUUCUGUGGCUGUCGGUGGUCAGUGAGUUUAUGUACAUUGGCCUGUUGGCCAUGGGCUUCCUGCUGAUGUGCGUGGAGGUGAUUUGUCUCUGUGCCAAGAGGGAGAUGAACGCUCUCAAGAUCAACGCCUUUGCCGCCAUGUGCACGGUGCUGUCAGGUAUGAUGGGGAUGGUAGCCCAUAUGAUGUACACCACAGUAUUUCAGAUGACUGUUAGUAUUGGACCAAAAGACUGGAGGCCUCAGACCUGGGACUACGGCUGGUCGUUCGCCAUGGCAUGGCUGUCGUUCAGCUGCUGCAUGGCUGCCGCCGUCGCCACCCUCAACUCCUACACCAAGACCAUCAUUGAGAUGAAGCACCGCGCCCGCAUGAGGCUGGAGGAGGCCCGGGCCGCUGCACAUGCCCCCUCCUACGAGGAGGUGGUGCAGAUUGCUGCCACGGCUGGUGGCAGUGCUGGAGGACCCGGCGUCUACUCCGUCAGCCAGCUGAUCCAGCUGGGCCAGCAGGGGGCUCUCAUUGACCCACUGUGGCCCCGGGGGGUGGGGCCUGCUGUGGGGCCGCUGGUGUGUGGCGCUGGGGGGGCCCUGCUUGUCGGCGGAGGAGGCAUAGGUGUUGGAGGAGGUGCCGGGGUAGGAGCAGUGGGAGGGAUGGGGGCAGUCGAAGGCGGAAUGGGGGCAGUUGGUGUUGGAGGGGGGAUGGGGGGAAUCGGCGGGAUAGGUGUGGUUGGGGGGUGCAGGUUGGUGGACCCCCACGGAGUGGUGGUGAUGGAGGGAUGUGGGACAGAGGGGUGCGAGGACUGCGAGAGAGAGAUGGAUGAAAUCGAUUAUGCACUGCAGGAGGAGAGAGAGGACUCGCUGUGCUGA